GCGAGGUACAAUGUCGGAGAGCAAUUGAUUCCCAGUUGGUCACCAGCAUGUUUAGGGACAUUGAGUCCUCAGAUGACACUGGACAAACAACAACACAGAGAAAGGUAAGCUUUACGUUUGGGUCUGUGUUCCUCAUUUUCCCACUGUUUCAAAAAGGCAGCCUACUAUUUCACAAUGGUUAUCAACACCACUUAGGUCUGAAAGCAUGACCUAGCCUACUUAGUGGUAAUCUUUCAGUAAAGCGAUGCUGUUUUACCUGUUUACUGUACUGUUAGUGUUCUUGUUGUGUUUUUUCAGUUUUCUUUGACUGUGACGUGGGUACAGUGUACCAUUUUCUCACAGUUUGUGCACAGUAAGUGGAUUAUUCCCAGUUAUUUAUGGCAUCCCAACUGAUUUUACUCAACCUUGUGUCCAACAGCCUGCAGUGUUGGAAGAGAUAAACCACAAAUCACCUACCAUCAAAGAGGAGAGGUGGAAGGAAGCCUGGGAGAAUCAUGACCAACGGGAGAGACUGAGUACCGGUAAGUAAAAUGGUAGACAAGCUUAAUUAAGUGUUUUCAUUAUACCUUUUGGAAAAGUGUUUUCAUUUGCACAUCUCAUUACACUUUGAUGCUGGGCCAUUCCAUUAGGCCUUUUCCCAUAAAUAAUGAAUGAAUCAACCUUUUCUAUUGACCAACAAACUUGACAAAUGAAUACUGUCAUGUAAAGUGAUUGCAACAAUGUUAAACUACAUACGUUUUACAAUGAAUACAUUUAAGUACAACUGAAUUCAUGUCAAUAUUUUGGCUUUCAUAUAGUCUAUACUGUAUAGAUUUAUACCAAUACAUUUCUCUGAAAUUGCUCAUAUGCUUCAACUGAUUUGUGACGAUUACCUUCAUGAUCAGCAUCCAGUUCAGCAUCCACGGUGUUGUUGAUUUUGUAGGAGCUUUAAAUCACAGUGCUGAUGGAGGAGAAAGGCAAUGCAACAUUGACACAAAGGGUGCUCAACCAAUCAGCAAACAGGAGAAUGCCAGCUCUUGUUUAUGGGUGAGUGGUGAAACGGACAGCAGCCUCCUGCCAGGACCAAAUAACCUGAGUGUGAACAAAAGAUCUCUAAACCCAGGAUUGGAAAAUGGUGAUGGAAUACUUAACUAUGUGGGCUUUGAUUGUAUGAUGUUUGAGCCCCACAGACAACUUGGGACCCUUAGCUCACAGGGUCCUGGUGCUGAUCUUCCAGAGUGCUCUUACUCUCAUGUGGAUGUUGUACCAAUUCAAUCUGAUUCAGAGAAUGGAUUACCGUAUGAAGUUAACAAAGUGAGUCACUCCAUAACUGAGCACAAAAAACCAGUAGUUUACCAAGAUGGUAGACAGAGGGCGCCGUUGCCCUCAGAGCCUCACAUGACUGUACGAAAAGGCAUGGAAACGAGAUCCAAUGCU